CGUAGGACGAGCUGACUGCAGUCAAACCUUCACAGACCCUUAUUGACUUCUGGACAAACCCUCCCCUCAUUCGAAGCUGCAAAAGAGACCGUGUGGUUUUACUGCCCGCCCAUAGUCAAUAUAGGGAAGCGGCGAAGGAUUUUCUAUUACCUCACUGGGUGGAGGUUGGUUGAUCACAGGCGGCCUGUGGCCUCACAGUUGCCGUCAUGAAGAUCAAAAAACAAGCCACGGCGCGCCAUGAAAUAACACGGUCGCCUAUGAUAGCAGAGUUCGCGCGAGCCACAGCCUCCAUUCCUCUGUACCAACUUCCAAGCCAUCUCGCCGCCUUUCCCAAACUCUGGCCCUUCCCCCGUGGCGAUUUGUACCAUUGGAUACCCGUGCUGAACCGGUUUGACCGCAUCCUCGAGCUCUUUACCCAACAAUAUGGCCUUGUCGAUUCCUUUCAAACACAGCCUUUCACGCGGUCGCUCUUGCUCAGAGGCGAUGCGGAGGGGGACGAUGCCCAGCAAGAGCUGCCGACGGAUGAAAUACUCGACAGGGUCCAACUUCCCAGCGACGGUGACCGCGAGCUAGUUGAGCGCAUCCUCGACUUCACACGUCUCCUGAUCGAGAACUGUGGGAACCGCGCCCUGUACAACAGCAGUGACCGUUUAGACAAGCUGCUCAAUACCACAUCGCUCUCGCUAUUGCUAGCCACUCUUCGACUGGGCCUCCGCCUCGCCCAGCGCUACCAUACCGCUCGCAUGCGCAUGGCUCAUCAUAGUGUUUCUUACAACCUCCUACAGAGCCAUUACGCCAUCAACCUUGACAGAGUGAGGGAGCUCGCACUUCCCUUGCCCAAAGGGCCGGCUAUCUCGGGGCCUGUUUUUGCCACCCCUGCGAGCAAAGGUAAAGAUAAGGGAGAGCGUAAAAGCGAAUCCGACAAAAUCAGCCCUUCGGAUCUCGUAGGCCUGCUAGCAUUGCCAGAGUCGAGACUGAAACAUGAAUUCGGUGGCGUCUCCAUUUCCUAUUACGAUGAGACUUUACCGGCAGUUGAAGGAGGUGUCUCGAAGCAAUCCCAUGCGGAAGCCCCUGCUACCCCGACGCCGGUACGCCGGAGCUUGGGCACCGCUUCGUCGCAGACUCCUAGACAACCUCAUCCUUUGUCAAAUGCGGACCCCCCUACCACACCUGUUACCCCCGGAUUUGGCGGUGAUAUGGAAGGCCAACGUCCCCACGGACCUAAGGUCUACGAUGUCUCGGCAGAAGUCAUCUCACAGACAGAUAUCCAUGAGUUGAUACAGCGAGGCUUCGCUGUCUUACCUCCCAGCGCACGGCCAAGCUUUUUCCAUAAGAUCCGUCUUGCAAAGGCUCUGCAUACUGGAAGUGCUGGACUCGAAGGUGUGGUCGCUACCCGUCUUCUCGCCAUUGCAAACCUAGUCUAUGUCUUAGGAGAGAAGGAGUUUUACAGCAAAAUUGGCCAGCAAGAUUCAGAUGAGCCGCGUCGGCUUCAGUUAGCAUAUCAGCUUGCAGAGCUGGUCCAUCCGCCAGGAGACGGUACUUCAGGUCAAUCCCGAGAAUUGCAAACACUGGCUCUCUGCACAUUGGAAGCCCUGGCAAGGCAUAAAACGAAGGCUCCGGAUGUCUGCGCUGCUCUUAAUGUUAACGUCAAUCAUGGCGUUCUGUUUUACCUAGUUCGAAAGGCUGUCGCCGAGCUUGGCGUGAAGAGCACCACGAGUGAAAAAGACGAAGCAUGGCGAGAAGCACUGUUUUCCUUGUUGAACACACUGCCCAGCUCGCAACCCCGAACUGGCGAGGGCAUGGUGUCAGCGGGCUUGCUGGAAAUUCUGACUGAGGUCCUGUCGCUACGUACUGAGCAAGCUGAGCGCAACCACCCCAAAAUCCUCCAAUUCCUCGACACCUUUGUGUACAAUUUGCGCGAUGCAUUCCAAGCACUCGUCAAUGCCAAGGGGCUGGAUGUUUUGGCCAGCCUGACUGCCUAUGAGGUGGAUGUCUCCAAGUCACUCGCCGACCAAGGCAAAGGCAUGCCCGCUGAGUACAAGACUGGGCUGACGGACUACCAAAUCCCCUUUCACCACCAGCAGACCCUUCGAUGGGUGUUCAAGUUUCUCAACCACAUGCUGACCCAUACUAGCGGUACAACGGAUAGGAUCAUGAGGAAUCUCAUUGACUCACCACAACUGCUGGGCGGUCUAAAGACUGUUCUGCGCAAUCCUCGGACUUAUGGCUCUACGGUAUGGAGCUCUUCGGUCAAUAUACUGACUAGCUUCAUUCAUAAUGAGCCUACGAGUUACGCCAUUAUUGCCGAAGCGGGGCUCAGCGAAGCCUUCCUUGAGACUGUCUCCCAGCGCACGCCCCCAGAUGAUUCAAGACAGCGCACAGACACCACCACCAAUUCUUCCAAGCUCGAUAGUGAGCUCGAAGGAAUCAUUGCGGUCCCAGAGGCCAUCUCCAGUCUCCCUCCCGCUUUUGGUGCCAUUUGUCUCGCCGAAGCUGGCAUGAAGCUCUUCAAAUCCUCUCCGGCUCUGGAGCGUUUCUUCCACAUUUUCCAAAGUCCUGCGCAUGUUCAAGCCCUCGACUCCGAUUCCGAAAUGGCCACGGUGAUUGGCACCUCGUUCGAUGAACUGGUGCGUCAUCACCCGUCCUUGAGGACCAGCGUAUUGUCAUGCUUGAAUGAUACAAUCUCACGUGUCGUUGAACUGUGCUCUGCCGAAGCAGCUGAGCAUGGUGUCGGCGCGAAACUAUGGCUUGAGUCCACGGAUGGAGUCGUCUUCGUUGCCGGUGGCCGUAAAGCGCUCAGGACUUGGCCAGGUGUGGACAACGCUGCUGCACAUACUGGGGACAUGGAUAUGGAUAGCACCGAUGAGAACGCCGCUCAAAACGACCGAAGUGUGAGAGUAACAGUGGGAGACGUCGCGGAUAACGAGGAGAAGAGUGACCGUGCCACUCCCACACAGUACAUUCGGGUCAUGUGUCGCUUUCUCCAAGGCUUUUUCGGAAACAAUAGCAUGUGCACGGCGUACAUCGAGGAAAAAGGGAUCGAAUCGAUUCUGGACUUCGCCAAUCUCCCAUGCCUAACACCUGACUUCGAUGAACCACGGGGUGCUGGCCAAGACUUUGGACGUGUCGUACAGAUUCUUGUGGAGCAGAAGCCGCAUAUUUUGAUGCCUUCCAUAUUGAAACGCGCCCUCCGCGCCUUGAGCCGACUGGAGCCUUUGAUGGAUCAUACCGGCCAGGCUGCUUUCUUCGCGCCCUUUACGAGUUUCGAUCCGUCCGAAAUGGAGACAGCCUUGGCAACGAACAGCGUCCUCCAGUGUGGCACCGACUACGUUAAGGCCUUUGUCACUCUCCGUUCCCUUCUUGCCUCGUUGACCACUACCUUUCAGGGGUUGAUGUUCGGACAUCGCACCUCUCAUAAUAACCUAGCCCAGGUCAACUUGGCCGACAUGUAUGCUCGGUUGGUGCAUGGUCUCGGGAGGCUCCAUAGGAGCUGUCUCUGGGAGGAAGUUCUUCUCUGUAAAAGCAUACCCCAAGAAUGGGUAAAACAUGCUCCGUUCAGCCGUUCGCCACUCGGGGGUACAUCCGAAUAUGAGCAGCGUGCUAUGGACAGUUUAGCUGACUUACUCGGGCCUGGUGUAGCAGCAAAUGCAGGUGCACUUUCUGAGGGCGAGGUUGCUGCAGGAACUUCGGAUUCGCCGGCGAGCAAUCCAGGCCCGAGGGAGCAGAGUGCUCGAUUUAGAAACACUCAAAUCCUCCGCUACCUGCUUGCCAGGGUCUCAAAGACAAUAACACCGUUCUUCCACACGCUUGGGAAGCUGUUGCUCUAUCGCCGCGCCCUCGACGCUUAUCAGAAGCAGUGUGCUUAUCUGGUGUCCGAUCAGCUCGCCCAGGCUGCCAUCGACCAGCUACUAUAUGAACCUCCACGAGAAUCAAACUCCCUCCAGGACAAAUAUGCUUACCAACUCGUAGCGCUAGACUCAGUCUCGCAGCUGAUGAUUGAAAGCCACAGCCACAGCCUUGAGCGGAACACCCAAGUCCUGACUCUGAUGUUGGUCUCUUUCAGAAAUCUCGGCGGCAUGAAGGUGCUCGCCGAUAUGCUCGACGCCUUUUACACGUCAGCGGCGGCAAACGUCAAUGCUCGGGGCGACAGUAUCACGGAACAGGAUCGACGACUUUUCGAUAUGUCCAUGGGGGGCAUCAGCAUCAUUCUUGACUUCUAUGUGCACAUCAUCAAUCAAAAGGUCAUCAACGAAUCGGGUCAGACGGCGCAAAUCCAAUCGCAAGCGCGCGUCGACCGUGAUCGAGAAAGGGCAGACUAUUUUUCUGUGCCGCAAUUUCUCGCGGAGCUCCGUUAUGAUGUUACCCAACCCGUCCAGAAAUUAUGGGAUUCCGAGCUUAUGGACAGUGCGGACGAGUCCAUUGUCAAAAACGCCAUCGCCAUCCUGAAGACGAUCCUCGAGGGCGAGGGUGAACAGGGAGCACUCAAGACCACCGACAAAUUUCCGAAACGUAACAAGCCGAUCUGGAAGCAGUGGAAGCCUCGCACCGAUGCCCGCAUAGCGCAGUUGGCGGAGGAUUUCAACGGGGACAUGCUACUCGCCAGAGAGGCCAUGUACAGAUGCUGUGACAACGUGGUCGCAGCUCGUGAUUACUGCCGCAACGUCAUGAACGGUGGACAGAAUUGCCGCAACGAGCCUCCAGAGUACGAGACCCAAUGGCGCAACCUAUCUCUGUCGCCACGCACAGCGGAAGUGGUAGUUCCCGGAGCUGCUGACGAUGGUAGCGACACUGCCAGCAACGACUCCGAAGGCGAUGAGCCAACCGCUGCAGCGGCCUCCUCUGCAGACGCAGGAGAGGCUGAGGAAACUCGACUGGGCGACACAGGCUAUGAGUCGAACUGGGGAUUCCUCGCUUACCGCAGGCGGAUGCAGAAUGGCAACCUGGCAGGAUCUGUCGCUCCAGCCGAUUUGGAAGAGAAGAGAAACGAUCUUCGCAAAACCCUUAUCGACCGUUCUCUGGAUGUCCUCAACUCCCACGAGGAUGCCACUUUUGAACUGGCUGACUUGAUUCUUGCAGCCGUCACCAGGGCAUCUGAUUCCGCCACAAUGCGUACUGACGUUGGCUCCACCCUCGUGCAGUCAUUGAUAUCUCUUCAAACCGGAGACAACUUCCGAGAGCAGGGCAAAAGGAUUGCGGCCUCUGCCCAUUUACUCGCACUAGUAAUCCAAGAUAGGGGUUUCUACGAUGCUAUUGUGGGCGAGCUGAAGGACAACUUUGACAUGAUGCUAGAAUUCAUCAAGAUCUUUCCUGACCAGUCCGCGGAUGAGUCCUCUCCGUGGAUAGCGCCAACCCUUGCCAUCUUGGAGCGUUUGCUCGCGGAAGAUCAGGUCCCACAGCAAAUCAAUUGGAAUUUUCCAACAGGAGACGAGCAGGAAGCCUUGAUCGAGGAUGUGCCUCAGCCAGUUGUGUCUAUGGAUGAGAAGAUGCGUCUCCUGGAUGCAAUUCUGGAAGUACUUCCGCGCAUAGGGAAGGAUGAGUCUCUGGCUCUUUCAGUGACCCGAGUCCUGGUCAUGUUGACACGAACACGGAAGAUAGCCGUUCGCCUGGCCGAAAAACGUAAUAUUCAACGCCUCUUUCUGAUGGUUCGUCAACUGGCUGGCAUUACGAAUGAUGCAUUGAGAAGCGCGUUCAUGAUUGUGUUGCGACACAUUAUUGAAGAUGAAGAGAUCAUGCGCGAGGUCAUGGGACGCGAAAUCCAGAUCAUGUUCGAGCAACGAGAUCGUAGACAAACAGACACCACAGCGUAUACGAGGCAAUUGCACUAUCUCGCGAUUCGGGAUCCGGAUUUGUUUGUGCAGGUUACCAAUGAGAAACUCCAACUGAAGGGUUUCGAUCCUCACCAGCGGCCUCAAAACCUCCUGCUUAAGAAGCGAGAGGAUGCUGAGCCCGUCUUACAAGAUGGUACCGUUGCCGUGCCAUCGGAGAAUACGCGUGAAGCGGCGUCGUCAUCCACCGAUAACCCGAAAACGCCCGUUCUUGAGCGUACAAAGACGUCCGAACUAAAACCGCCUGUUGUGGAGAAUCCAGAUGGCGUGAUCCACUACCUACUCUGCGAACUUCUCGCGUACAAGGAUGUUGAUGAUAAUAUGAACCUGGCGAAAGACUCAGCGUCCGCCAAAGUGCCUGUGCGAGAAGCCUCUACAUCGACGAGCGCAGAAGAGACCCCGCCGCCGGAUCCUGCCUCUCCUUCAGAGCCAUCGACGGCCGAGAAGAUGGAAUUUAAGUCUGAAGCGCACCCUAUCUACAUCUAUCGUUGCUUCAUUCUGAAAUGUUUGGCCGAACUCUUGCAGAGCUACAACCGCACCAAGAUUGAGUUUAUCAAUUUCUCGAGGAAAGCGGACCCACACGCGUCGACGCCUUCGAAACCAAGGUCCGGGGUGUUGAAUUAUCUCCUUAACGCACUGGUCCCUGUCGGAACUCUGAACCAUGAGGGCGACUUGGCCUUCAAAAAGAAGCUGGCGACGUCUGGCUGCGCCAUCGACGUCAUUGUUGCUCUAUGCGCAAAGGUCUACGAACCCAAACAGCCGUCGGACCAAACGUCGCCAUAUUUAGAGACUGACCUGGAUCUUCUCUUUGUCCGCAAAUUCGUGCUCGAGCAUGCCUUGAAGGCAUUUAGGGAUGCCAGUAUUUCCGACGAACCAUUGGAUCUGAAGUACUCCCGGCUCUUGAACAUCGCUGAUAUCUUCUCCAAGAUGGUGUCGCAGCGACCGGACGGUUCCCUCGUCAGUCCAAAUAGCGAGUUGACGCCUUCCAUGAAACAGAUGGCCAAGAUCAUGUAUGAGAAGAACUUCAUCACUGUGCUCACGACAGCCAUUGCAGAUAUUGAUCUAAACUUUCCUAACGCGAAGCGCGCCGUCAAGUACAUACUGAAGCCCCUCAAAUGGCUCUCGUCGGUUGCCGUUGACCUUAGCACUCGCUAUGAUUCGUCAGCAGCACCGGGCUCGGUUGACGAGUAUGAAAUCUCUUCGGCGUCGGACGAUGACUUGGUAGGAGCAACUCGUGAGGAGACCCCCGACCUGUUCCGCAACUCUACUCUUGGCAUGUAUGAACCUGGUCAGGAGUCGGAGUCCGAGGAUGAAGAUGACGAAGGCGAUGAGGAAAUGUAUGAUGAGGCCUUUGCUGAUGACAUGGAGUACGAUGAGGACAUGGACGACGAGGACGUAGUUUCUGAAGAGGAUGAAGAAAUGGGUGACAUGGGUCCAAUCGAAGGUCUGCCUGGUGAUGCCGUAGAUGUCGAAGUUGUCCUUGAGGAUGAUGGUGACCACAUGAUUUCUGGUGACGAGAUGGACUCCGACGAGGAGGAAGAUGAAGACGAAGACGAGGAGGAUGACGAAGAGGAUGAUGACGAUGAAAUGGAUGAGAUGGAUGAGUUUGAUGACAUGGAUGACAUGGAAGAAGUCACGGGCGAUGAUGAGAAUGCCAGUCUCGGAGAUGAUGGCGAGGAAAGCUGGGAUGGUGAUCACGGUUCCGCGCAACUCGAUGUGCCUAUCCCUGGGCACAUGGUCCCUCCCGGUACGCUAUGGACAAACGCCAACACCGAAGAAGGUCUGCAUAUCCAAAACAGUGAUGACGCUCAACGCAUUCGCAAUUUGGACAACGCCUAUUUAGAUGAGUUCCUGGAAGACGAGAUGCCUGAAGACGAAGAUGAGGAGGAAGACGAAGAUGACUACGAUGAAGAAGAGAUCGUGUACCAUCCCGGCCUCGAAGACGACGAAGAUCAAUUUGGUGGGCUCGCUUUUGGCUGGGACGACACCGCAUUUCCCCCUGCCCGCCACGCCCAUAGACUCAGUCCCUGGAUGUUUCCUGCAGGCCCAGCAGGUCGCAUCCUCGUCCCUACUGAAUAUCGCUCGAAUAGACUUGGCGCAAAUGCGCGCGCUACAGAGGAUGGCACCAACCCACUGCUCCAGCGAGCCGGUCGGUCAUCCGCCCGCGGGAUGGACUCGUCUUUCCCCAUUUAUCCAGCUGCAGGCGGCGGCCUACUUCAAGCGCUGGAAAUCCGUGGACCCCGCGCGUUCCCCCCUGGUGAAAGCCCAAUGUCGUUCAUUACCAACUUGCUGAAUGCGAUGAGAGAAAUGGAAGGAGGAGGUCCGUUCCAAUUUACAUUUGACAAUGGUGUCGUUGGGAUCCCUAUGCCUUUCGCUCCACCGUCUGUGCGGGAUACUACGCGUGCCCGGGAGGCUGUUUCAACGCGUUCUGCCCGCGAAGACCCUCACUCUGCGAUCAGUUUCCCCAAAUGCUCGACGAGCACUCGCUGGCAGCAGGAAGCGAGGAUCCUCUAUGGCAGUGCCGCUAUUGAGAAGGCCCAGCGUGUCAUCAACUCGAUCCUCAGGGUUAUGGUCCCUCCUGCGAUCGAAGCAGCCAAAAAGCGUCAGGCUGAGAAGGAGGCUGAGGCUGCGCGUAAGCUCAAGGAGGAACAGGAACGAAAAGAGCAGAGGGAGCGCGAAGAGCGCGAAGCGAAACAAGCUAAAGAGAGGGAAGAGAGGGAACAGCGCGAACAGCAGGAGCGCGAGGCUGCUGCAGGGCGGGCGGCCAUGGCGGUGUCUGGAGAGGCAGCGGAUCAAGAGUCAGCUGGUGCCGCCGAAGGGCAGGCGAUGGAAGGUGUAGAGCAGGCACAACCUUCAGCCGACCAAGCCGCAGGGUCAUCAGCUCGAGUGUCUAGCAUUGCCACUUUUGAAGGGCGUGAGAUCGACAUUGGUGCACUCGGCAUCGACCUCGAGUAUCUAAACGCCCUACCAGAGGAGUUUAGAGAAGAAGUGCUCAUCCAACAGAUCACGGAGCAUCGACGACGCCAGCAGAGUCAGCCGGAUACUGCACCCACCGAUAUUGAUCCCGAGUUUCUUGAAGCCCUGCCCCCGAAUAUUCGCGAUGAGGUUCUCCAUCAGGAAGCUCAGGAACGGCGCCGUAGGGAGCGUGAGGAAGCUCGCCAGCGAAGCAGUGCAGCUGGAGCUGCUCGUGCUGAGGAGAUGGAUCCAGCAAGCUUUUUGGCUACAUUAGACCCCAAUUUGCGCCAGGCGAUCCUGUGGGAGCAGGACGAGGACACGUUGCAGCACUUGCCUCCUGAGAUCGUAGCUGAGGCCCGCGCACACGGUGACCACCGUCGUUUGAACCAAUUUCCUGGCGAGUUUGUUCGUGACGACCGACGGAUUCGAGGAGAUGAGCCAAUACAGAGGAGGAAGGCCCGUCCAUGUGUUCAGAUGCUGGACAAAUCCGGUGUCGCCACACUGCUCCGCCUCAUGUUUAUCCCUCAACAGGGCAGUGCCAAGGCCAGCUUAAGCCAUAUCCUCCGCAAUGUGUGCGAAAACCGGCAAAAUCGUGCCGAGGUAAUCAGUAUCCUGCUUUCGAUCCUUCAGGACGGUAGCGCAGACGUUAAUGCCGUUGAGCGGAGCUUUGCUCAAUUGUCACUGCGCGCGAAACAGCCACAGCAAGGCUCUGAGAAACCUGCUAAGACUCCUCGCAAGACGGGGCCUUUGUCUAUCAAUCCAGACAUCUCUCCGAUGAUGGUGGUGCAGCAGUGUCUUCACGCAUUGUGGCAGCUUACCGACAAGAAUCCUCACGUGUGGUCAUUCUUCCUUACCGAACAUGAAACUGCCGUCGGCUUCAAGAAUCGUGGAAACCGGAAAGGGAAAAGCAAGGAGAAUAAAGCUACGCGAUACCCCCUCAACGCACUUCUCGGAUUGCUGGAUCGGAAACUUAUCAUUGAGAGCUCCUCAAUCAUGGAACAGCUCACUACGCUUCUUCGAGUCAUAACAGGGCCCCUGCAAGUCCUCAAGAGAGAGCAAACCGACGCAGCCGAACCCGAAGCCCCUUCUUCUUCCGAAGGUCAGCCCAGCGCAGAACCCCCAGUAGCCCAGGAGGCUCCCCUUGCCAGCGAAGACAUCGAUAUGCAUUCCGCUUCAGAGCCGUCAAGGGCACCGAUAGAGGAAGGCAAUGCAUCUCACGCGGGUGCUCUAACGAAUACUGGUGAAGGCAGCGCGUCGAAAGCCGAAGAGAUAUCGGGGGAAGAUGACAAGUCCAAGAAACACCGUACACUUGUGCCACCCGAGGUGCCAGAGCAGAAUCUGCGGCUCGUGGCAAGGAUAUUGGCGGCACGGGAGUGCAACAGCAAAGUCUUCCAAGAGACGUUGUCGAUCAUCAACAAUCUUUCACCAAUCCCCGGUGCCAAGGAGACAUUUGGCAAAGAGCUACUAGGCAUUGCGCAGGAUCUCGCGCGGAGUACCCUGGCUGACCUUGCAGACUUGACCUUGCAAGUCUCCCGUGCUGAGACUCCGACCGAUGUUCAGGGUAUGGCCCUCGCCAAAUUCUCCCCUCCCAGUUCGGACCAAGCGAAGCUCUUGAGAGUUUUAACGGCGCUCGACUAUCUCUUUGAUCCAGCCAGGGAUGGUAAAGAUAAGGAAGAUGGCAAGCCCACUCACACACUGGCGCCCACUCAAAAGGAAGAUAUUCUAAUGACCUUGUACGAGAGUUCGACUUUUGCGGGCUUAUGGCAAAAGUUGAGUGAAUGUCUCUCCGUUAUCCGUCAACGCGGCAACAUGCUCAACAUCGCGACAAUUCUCCUGCCUCUUAUCGAAGCGCUCAUGGUGGUGUGCAAGAACACUACUUUGAAGGACGCACCACUUAGCAAGAUGCUGCCGAAAGAAUUUGCUCUGUCCAGCCCUCCGCCGGAGAACAGAAUGGAGAGUCUGUUCUUCACCUUCACUGAAGAGCACCGCAAAAUCCUCAAUGACUUGGUUCGUCAAAACCCCAAGCUCAUGAGCGGAACAUUUUCGCUCUUGGUCAAGAAUUCGAAAGUCCUGGAGUUCGAUAACAAGCGUAACUACUUCAGUCGUAAGCUCCAUGCACGCGGGCCCCAUCAAGAUCGACAUCCGCACCCGUCCCUGCAGCUCGCCAUCCGCCGUGAUCAUGUUUUCAUGGAUUCUUUCCAGUCCCUGUACUUCAAGACCGCGGAUGAGAUAAAGUACGGAAAGCUCAACAUUCGCUUCCAUGGCGAAGAAGGCGUGGACGCCGGCGGUGUUACCCGGGAAUGGUUCCAAGCCAUCGCACGGCAGAUGUUCAACCCAGACUACGCGCUCUUCGUGCCCGUCGCCUCCGAUCGUACUACAUUCCAUCCGAACCGCUUGAGCGCCAUCAACGAUCAGCACCUCGUCUUCUUCAAGUUCAUUGGGCGCAUCAUUGGCAAAGCGUUGUACGAAGGCCGUGUUCUGGACUGCCACUUCAGCAGAGCUGUCUACAAGCGCAUCUUAGGCCGUCCUGUUAACCUGAAGGACAUGGAAACCUUGGACCUGGACUACUACAAAUCGCUACAGUGGAUGCUCGAGAACGAUAUAACGGACAUAAUCACGGAGACCUUCUCCAUAGAGGUAGAGGCCUUUGGCGAGACUCAGAUCAUUGACCUGGUUCCAGACGGCCGCAAUAUCCCUGUAACCGAGGAAAACAAGCACGAAUACGUACGUCUUGUCACUGAGCAUCGGCUCACUGGAUCCGUUCACGAGCAGCUUGAGAAUUUCUUGAAGGGCUUCCACGAUAUUGUGCCAGCGGAACUAAUCGCCAUUUUCAGCGAACAGGAGCUCGAGCUUUUAAUCUCUGGCCUGCCAGAUAUUAAUGUGGAUGACUGGAAGAACAAUACAGAGUAUCACAACUACACCGCGGCAUCGCCGCAGAUUCAGUGGUUCUGGCGUGCUGUGCGCUCCUUUGACAAGGAAGAGCGUGCCAAGCUGCUCCAGUUCGUCACAGGCACUAGCAAGGUUCCUCUGAAUGGCUUCAAAGAGCUGGAGGGCAUGAACGGGUUCUCGAAAUUCAACAUUCACCGUGACUUUGGCGCCAAGGAUCGCCUCCCUUCCAGCCAUACUUGCUUCAACCAGCUUGACCUUCCAGAGUACGACUCAUAUGAGGAUCUACGAAAGCAGCUGUACACUGCGAUGACUGCUGGAGGCGACUACUUCGGUUUCGCGUAAACUCGGCAUACCAUGGUGCGCGGAGCGCGCCUUUAGCUUCCCUUUCUCUGUCGUUUCCCACUGUAUUACCUUUGAGCAUUGCAGGCGCUUGGUGGGGAUGGACAGUUCCCUACGUGCCGGGACAAUCGAGGUUUUGCGAUGUAACAAUAAUUCUAGAUAACGGCAGUGCCGGCAUGUGCACAUGGGAGACCAUUUUCUC